GCGACGUUCCCAAGGCUGGGCAACCAAGACGUACGACACCAUCUCCUUCAGCAAUUAGACUUCGACAUACUUCACCUAAUUCUGACGACCCGCGACGAUAAUGACAUGUUUGUCUGGGACUUUGGCAUUCUUGGUUCUUUUCUUUUGCCAACCGGUAUGGAUAGACAUUGGAUCGGAAAAGGACGGCGCCCUGAUCAUGAUUUGUCCUGGGCAUGACUUUAAAAGGCCUCGGUCCUCUACGUCGAGGAUCGCUACGGAUGGGUUUGCAACUGCAGUUUGGGAAUUACGUAGGUCUCCCUCUGCGAAAAGGUUUAUACCUGGCAACCAUCAGCCUCCAGGAUACACUCAGAUCCCCGGAACACAAGGUUCCGGAUUGGAGAGUUGGGCGGCUACGGCCCCCGAAAACGGCCGAACUGGCCUUGGUCUACCUUGUACUUCGGUGCUUCGUGACCAGCUUCCAUGUGCAUCAUUGAUGCCUUGGUUGAAUUGGACGAUCGAGAUGGACAGCAACGUCACUUCUCUCGUCGAAAACCGCCUCUGGCGUAUACUGUGUUCAAAUACGCAUUAUGCGGUAAAUUAUUGGGUAACCGAGCACUUGGUGCUCACGUACUGUGUGAAGGAGCUCUUCAGCUGCGAAGCUCAAGAGCCCGGCCCGCCGUUGCAGCUUGUGGGCGACUGAUGGAAAAGAUUGAGCAACACAACCGCUGUCGGAUUUCUGACAGACGGGGGUACGCAGGCUGCUACGUUUUAACAGCCUGCCUAUCCAGUGCCUACAGACGGGGUCCUUUCUGAAGGAGAUAAGCGCGAUAGUAAGAGCGACAUGCCGAGAUCGUCACAUCAACUCUCAUG